AUGGCAAAAUUGAGGGGCAAACAGAUGCAUUAUUCUACAGAUCCCAUUAAAGCAAUUGUGGAAAGCACGUAUCCAUCAUUCUCAAGUAUAAUUGAUGAUCCAUCGUACUUACAAAAAAGGGCGAUAUUGGCACCAACACUUGACGUGGUACAUUCUAUAAAUGAAUAUAUGAGUUCUUUAAACACGUCUGAUGGAAUUACAUAUUUGAGUUGUGAUAGUAAUUGCAAAUCUGAUUCUAAUGUUGAUAUGUUAGCUGAUGUUCACACUCCAGAAUUUUUAAAUGGAAUCAACUGUUCAGGUGUACCCAAUCAUGCAUUGACAUUGAAAGUUGGCACUCCAGUUAUGCUAUUAAGAAAUAUUGACCACUCAAUUGGUUUAUGUAAUGGCACAAGAAUGGUAAUUACUAAACUUGGAAACCAUGUUCUAGAAGCAAGGAUAUUGUCCGGAAGCAGUGCAGGUGAGAAAGUACUCAUACCAAGAAUGUCACUUACUCCAUCAGACUUGAGGUUGCCGUUUAAAUUUCAAAGAAGACAAUUUCCAUUAAUUGUCUCAUAUGCAAUGACAAUUAAUAAGAGUCAAGGACAAUCGCUUUCUCAUGUAGGCCUAUUCUUGAAAAAACCUGUCUUUAGUCAUGGACAAUUAUAUGUUGCAGUUUCUAGGGUCACUACUCCAGAAGGGCUAAAAAUAUUGAUUUGUGACAGUGAAAGCACCAGAAAAACUUCAACAGCAAACAUUGUAUACAAGGAAGUUUUUCAGAAUUUGUAA